CUCUCACGCACGGAUCAGUUGUUGGACACUUGGAUCGCAUUAUUAUAGUGUUUACUGAUUACGAUUUUAUAGCAUUAUAUUUAGCUAUUCAGCAAGCUAUUCUACUAUACAUCGUUAGUCGUUACUCUGUGACGACAAACAUAGAAUAGAGAUUUCGGAUUAGACAGAGACGUCCGAUUUAUAAAACAUAUUCGUGACUGCUCUACCGAACAACAAUCAGUGUUCAGUAAUAACAACAAACGAUAAAAAACCGUCCACACACACUGCUGUGAAGCUACUGCUUCUCCACAAUAGUCUAUACCUGUAUCGAGUAUUGACUAAUAAGAUUCUACACAGAUCGUCCCGCGACGGUCGAGAUAUCCAGCGGAUUUCUACACACACACGGUCAGGAAAGCACACAUUUGACUGUUGUGCUAUUAAUGUUCUAACUGCUGUAAUUACCAACCACCACAGAAAUCAUGUAUUCAUCGUAUCAACUAUUGUUGGCUAUCGGAAUGGUUGUCACGGGAUCCAUUAACACGCUUAGCGUCAAAUGGGCUGAUAAUCUUAAAGCUAAAGGUUCAGAUGGUGUGGAACGUCCCUUUGACCAUCCAUUUUUUCAAUCAUUAACCAUGUUUUUUGGAGAAUUUUUGUGUUUAUUAUUCUUCAAAUUGGCAUAUAGAUACCACAUAAAAAGACAAUAUCCCAUUGAGGACAGUCCAAUUGUUAAAGGGAACCAACAAUUCAAUCCAUUUUUGUUCUUUGUCCCAGCAAUGUUUGAUAUGGUAGCUACUACACUUAUGUACAUUGGUCUCACAAUGACUUUUGCAUCUAGUUUUCAAAUGUUAAGAGGUGCUGUCAUAAUCUUUACUGCCAUAUUUUCAAAAAUUUUUGUUCAUCGACAAGUAUCUGUUCGCCAUUGGUUGGGAAUAUUUACAAUAAUUAUUGGAUUAGCCACAGUUGGCAUAUCAGAUUUGUUAUCAUCUGAAUCAAACUCAAAAUCUAUUAAUGGAAUAAUUAUUGGUGACUCACUUAUCUUAUUUGCUCAGAUUAUAACAGCUGCUCAAAUGGUGUACGAAGAGAAAUAUGUUGUUACAAAUGAUAUUCCACCGUUACAGGCUGUUGGUUGGGAAGGUGUAUUUGGAUUCCUGAUGAUGAGUUUCCUGUUAGUACCAUUUUAUUACAUCAAUGUUGGUCCUCCACUUGCUGGUAAUAAUUCUCGUGGAGUCAUCGAAGAUUUUCCAGAAGCUAUUACUCAAAUAAUGAACAACAAGUGGAUUUUGAUUGCAUUAAUCGGAAACAUAAUAAGCAUUGCUUAUUUCAACUUUUCUGGUAUAAGUGUUGCUAAGGAAAUAUCUGCAACCACCAGGAUGGUAUUGGAUUCUGUCCGAACCUUUUUCAUUUGGACUUUUUCAUUAGCAGUUGGCUGGCAAACAUUCAAUCCACUUCAGCCUGUUGGUUUCCUGCUGUUACUUAUCGGCAUGUGCAUUUAUAAUAAUUUAUUAAGAGCUGUACCCAGAAGAUUGAGAACUGUCGUACACUAUCCUACAGAUGAACCUAUUAUUGGUGGAGAACCGUAAUAAUAUUUUUAUUUCUGUGAAUGUUUAAACAUGACUACUUUUAACAUGUAAUAUUAAAAUAAGGAGCUAAUAGAUGAACUGAACAUUAAUGCACUUAGAGUAUGUUUUAUAUUAUAAUAAUAUAAUAUAAAUAAUUAAAUUUAAUUACUCAUAUAAUACUCGUUACAUUGAAUAGUAGAUUACUACUAAACCAAAAUAGUAUAUGGUAAAUAUAUAUAUUUGUUAGUUUAUUUUAUAUUCAAUGUUUUUUUAAUAAAAUAUUGUAUUAAUUAGAACUAUAAAUUGUAGUUGAAUUAGAACUGCUUUAGU